AUGAAGAUGAUUGGGCUAUAUAACCGCAGCAUGAUGCUCGACGCGCUGCACGGCGUCGCCGCGAGGCCGUUUACCAGGGGCCUUGGGUGGACGAUGGAGGAGGUGGAGGUGUAUCUGGUGGGAGUGAGGAGGGAUUUGAUGGAUGCGAGUCAGCAUGGCACGCAAGAGAUCGUCGUCAACCAUGGGGCUCUGCCGGAACCGGGAACGGCGGGGUACGCGGGGUACGUCGAGGACAAGAACCAUGACCUGUUCAUGCAGGUCACUGUGAAUGCCAGGGAGAGGGAGCCGGACGUCUGGAGGCAGCUCUUUGCGCAGGCGGACGAGCGCUUCCGGUUCGUCGACUUCUGGAGGCCGGAGAGGUUGAGGAUGUGGUUCGUCGAGGCGGAGUGGACAGGGGAGUGA